AUGGCCGAGCCUCCUGCAUGGCACGUCCAGGCGUGGACGGGCCUCCUCGCCGCCCUCGACUCGGCCAACGACGCGCUCGUCGAGCCGAACACGACAGCGCUGCGCGUCGGCAUGACAUCCGUCAUUCGCCGCCUGUCCUUCGUCCCGUUCGAGUCCUACGCACCCAUUCAGCCGCUCCACCCCCGCCUGCGCUCCUCCCUCAUGUGCGACUUCCUCCGCUCCGACCUGCCGGCCGCGCGCGACGCCAUGUCGUUCGGGUACGCCGUGUACGGGGCGGCCCUGCACCAGCUGCAAGUUGCCGGGGCGCAAGUCGACACGUUGCUUGAGUGGGACGCGUUUAGCUCGGCAUUCGCCGACUUCAUGACCUACACUGUCCGCCCGAAGCUCGACACCAUCUGCGACGAGAUCCCACAGCAGCCGAUCAUGUGGGUCCGCUUUCUGGACACUAUUGAAGAGGAGGACGAAGACGAUAUCGAACAGGACGAGUGA